UAUCAAGGUGGGGGAGACGAGACAGUUGUAUUGUGAAGCAGAGAAUCGGUUCCAAUAUAUUAUCCGAAAUUAUUUUGUAUUUUGUUUGAUUCUGCAGUAUAUUUUUUGGAAUCACACUCUGCAAAUCUGAUCUUUCUUGUUCUCUUUCUCUAUCCCCUAAUCUAAAAGAUACUAUCAACGAAGCGAACUUGCAGACGAAAAAACUUCCCCCGGGAAUAUUCCAGAAAAAUGUGCGACCCCGAUGAUGAUGAUUCCGCCAGAAACGGCGUCACGCCUCCAGCGUCGUCAAGGAGGUCAAGGGAGAUUCGGAUGGACGUGGAUGACUUGGAUCUCGACGGUUCAUGGCCUCUCGAUCAGAUCCCUUACUUAUCCUCCUCGAAUCGCAUGAUUUCGCCGAUUUUCGUCUCCUCCUCCUCCGAGCAGCCUUGCUCGCCUCUCUGGGCGUUCUCCGACGGUGGAGUUAACGGUAACCACGCAACUAACGGUGGAUACGACGGCGAGAAGAUUAGCUCCGCCUCCGGUGUUUCUUCUUUCCAUCUCGCCGAUUAUCCUCUCUUUCUCCCUUACGCUUCUUCAUCAUCAAUAGCUGAAACCACAACAGAGAAACACAACGGUUUCAACUUUCCUUCUCCGUUGAUGAGCUUAGUCCCGUCAGAGAACGCAGACAACUACUGUGUGAUCAAAGAGAGGAUGACUCAGGCGCUUCGGUACUUCAAAGAAUCAACCGAACAGCACGUCUUGGCUCAGGUCUGGGCUCCUGUGAGAAAGAAUGGUCGUGAUUUGCUGACGACUUUGGGUCAACCUUUUGUUCUUAAUCCUAACGGUAACGGGCUUAAUCAAUACAGGAUGAUCUCUCUCACCUAUAUGUUUUCUGUGGAUAGUGAUUGUGACAUUGAGCUCGGGCUCCCGGGUCGGGUUUUCCGUCAGAAGUUGCCUGAGUGGACGCCAAAUGUUCAGUACUAUUCCAGCAAAGAGUUCUCCCGGCUUGACCACGCCUUGCAUUAUAACGUGCGUGGAACACUGGCUUUGCCUGUGUUUAAUCCCUCGGGUGAGUCAUGCAUUGGUGUCGUGGAACUUAUCAUGACCUCGGAGAAGAUUCACUAUGCACCCGAGGUGGACAAAGUUUGCAAAGCCCUUGAGGCGGUGAAUCUGAAAAGCUCAGAAAUACUUGAUCACCAAACAACUCAGAUAUGCAAUGAGAGUCGCCAGAACGCACUUGCGGAGAUUCUGGAAGUGUUGACAGUCGUAUGCGAGACCCAUAACUUGCCUCUGGCUCAGACCUGGGUUCCAUGCCAGCAUGGGAGCGUUCUUGCCAAUGGUGGGGGUCUAAAGAAAAACUGCACCAGUUUUGACGGUAGCUGCAUGGGCCAAGUCUGCAUGUCCACAACCGACAUGGCCUGCUAUGUCGUGGAUGCUCAUGUCUGGGGCUUUAGAGAUGCCUGUCUUGAACACCAUCUCCAGAAAGGACAGGGAGUUGCUGGACGUGCUUUUCUCAACGGCGGCUCGUGUUUCUGCCGAGACAUCACCAAGUUCUGCAAAACGCAGUAUCCACUGGUCCAUUAUGCGCUUAUGUUCAAGUUAACCAGUUGUUUUGCAAUUUCUCUCCAGAGUUCUUACACAGGCGACGACAGUUACAUUCUUGAAUUCUUUCUUCCCUCGACUAUAACAGACGACCAAGAGCAAGAUUCGCUGCUGGGGUCUCUUUUGGUGACAAUGAAAGAACAUUUUCAGAGCCUGAGGGUUGCAUCUGGGGUUGACUUUGGUGAAGAUGACGACAAAUUGUCUUUCGAGAUCAUCCAAGCAUUACCGGACAAGAAGGUUCGUUCAAAAAUUGAAUCCAUUCGAGUUCCCUUUUCUGGUUUCAAGUCAAACGCGACAGAGAGGCUGCUGAUUCCUCAGCCUGCGGCUCAGUCUUCAAAUCCAGCAAACGAGAAAGUCAACGUGGCCACUUCUAAUGGUGUGGUUAAGGAAAAGAAGAAAACAGAGAAAAAGCGUGGGAAGGCUGAGAAAACAAUCAGUCUGGAUGUACUUCAGCAAUAUUUCACCGGAAGUCUCAAAGACGCUGCAAAGAGCCUCGGAGUUUGUCCGACAACAAUGAAGCGAAUUUGCAGACAACACGGCAUCUCCCGGUGGCCAUCAAGGAAGAUCAAGAAAGUGAAUCGCUCAAUCACAAAGCUGAAACGCGUCAUAGAAUCCGUUCAAGGUACUGAUGGAGGCCUCGACCUGACUUCAAUGGCCGUUAGUUCCAUCCCUUGGACAAACGGCCAAACAGGAGCACAGCCACUAAACUCACCCAGCGGUUCCAAACCACCAGAGCCACCAAACACCAGUCAUUCACCUAACCACUGGUCAAGUGAUCACAGUCCUCAAGAGGCAAAUGGUUCGCCUGAGUUACCAAGCAAUGGUCAUAAGCGUUCACGAACGGGGGAUGAGAGCGCUGGAACACCAACCUCUCACGGCUCAUGUGACGGUAACCAAUUAGAUGAAACAAAGGUCCCGAACCAAGAUCCGCUAUUCACGGUCGGUGCAUCCCCAGGACUCUGUUUUCCUCCAUAUUCUAGAGAUCAUGAUGUAUCCGCCGCAUCAUUUGCAAUACCGAACAGACUUCUUGGUAACAUAGACCAUUUCAGAGGAAUGCCCAUCGAAGACGCUGGAAGUUCAAAGGAUCUGAGAAACCUCUGCUCCUCUACACCAUUCGACGAUAAGUUUCCGGAACCAAACUGGAUGAACAAUGAUAACAACAACAUGUACGCUCCUGCAAAGGAAGAGGCUGUUGCAAAUACUACACGCGAACCAUCAGGCUCAGAAAUGAGAACGGUAACCAUCAAAGCAAGCUACAAAGAAGACAUAAUACGGUUCAAGAUAUCAUCUGGUUCGGGUAUAAUGGAACUGAAAGAUGAAGUGGCGAAGAGGCUGAAACUUGACGCAGGUACGUUUGAUAUCAAGUAUCUGGACGAUGAUAAUGAAUGGGUUUUGAUAGCUUGUGAUGCUGAUCUUCAAGAAUGUCUAGAGAUCCCUAGAUUGUCCCGUACUAGUGUAGUAAGGCUCUUGGUCCAUGAUGCAACAACGAACCUCGGGAGCUCCUGCGAGAGUACUGGAGAAUUGUAACUCUUUUGUAAAUAGUUCUUUUUGGAAUAUUUUUAUUGUUUAGGGGUUGUUUGUUUUAUUCUGUAAUAUUGUUCUUGGGUUGAAGAGGAACAAGGAAGAAUGUUAAUGGGGGACAAAAGUGUAAGAAAAACAUUUGUUUGCAACUUGUAAUUGUAAGUGGGAGAGUGAGGUUAGAAGUAAAUUGUAGUUGUAAACUAACUCCAAGCAUGUUUAUUUUAGUUUUGAAAUUGUAAACAUGAAUCACUUAAAAGCUCGAGUUAAUAGGUUUUUGAGAUGAAAAUCGCGUUAAUAUAGUAUGUAACUUAGUUUGAUAUCAAUAGCAUUAUAGUCAAGAUUCAAAACUUUUUAUGUAAAUCAAAACUAGAACCUAUGCAACUUAGAUUUAAUCCAAUUGCAGAUUGUCUUAGAACUACUACUACAUUGUUGAAAGGAUAAAUCCACUAAUGAAAAACAAAAAAUGCAAAAGUGUGCGCAUCCAGGGAAUCGAACCCUGGUCAGUACCGUGGGAGGGUACUAUGAUACCACUACACCAGAUGCGCUUAUUGUUAAUUUACCAAUAUCAAAAACUACUAUUUAUAAUAUUCAAAAAUCUCUACCCCAUCAAAUGCGGGGAUAUAUGCAUGGGCUUUCGGGUACCCGCUGGCAUUCGAAUCGGGUUUUUCGGAUUUCGGUUCUUUUUUAUAACACCUCGUAGGUCCCAUUCUAGUAAAUUUACAAGUACGGGCCGGGUUCGGAUAUAACAGAUCGGGUUUGGAUCGGUUUUGUAUCACAUCAUAGAAUCCAUAAAGUAAUCAUAUAUCAUUCGGAUUCGGAUUAUAUCGGAUCGGUUCAGAUAUACCCGAAAUAAAAUCUAAAAUUUAAAAGUAAAACAUAAGAAAUAUAUAUUUAUUUAUAUAUAAUUAAGUAUUUAAGAUACUUAUUUAAAUUUUAAAUACUUAUUGUUAGAUAACGUAUCAAAAUAAAUAUGAAAUUGAAUAUUUGAAGUAUAUAUUUAUGUUUCAUAUAAUUAUAUUGUAUAUUAUUUUGGACAUUGGGAUCGAUUUCUUCGGAUAUCUUUUUGAAUUUUUCAGUUUUUUCGGUUUUUCGGGUUACCCGUUCGGAUUUGGUUAAUAACACUUCGGUUUCGGAUAUGUUUUAUACCACCUUGCAAGACCCAUUCGAAUAUUUUUUACAUUUCGGAUCGGAUACGGACCGAGUUUUCCGGUUCGGGUUCGGUUCGGAUUUUGGGUUAGGGAUAUUAUGCCCAUGCCUACGGGGAUACCUAGCCAUUUCAGAUCGCCAAAAAUCAAUCUCAAUCAAAAUCGACGACUUCCCUCGCCCCGUCCCCCCGAUCUUCGUCUUCCCCUAAUCGGAUCGGUAAGGCCAUGGACAAAACCACCAGCGUAAUCAGCAGCGCCUCGAUCAACUCCACCGUAACCUCAACGACUUCCAUGGAGAAGAUCAACCAGGCCGCGAGCUGCGUCAGCGCCUCCUUCAUCUCCGCUUUCUUCGCCUCCCUCGAGCGCUGCGCCUGCGUCAACCUCUCCACCUCCCAUGACGACGAAGACGACGACGGCGAGGAAUCCUACCACCGUCCCCUUGCUCUCUCCGCCGCGCCUCAUUCACACGACACCGUUUAAGCUCCGUUUUGAUCUCUCUGGGUAAUUGAAGAUCCUCUCGUGUUUUUUUUUUUUUUUGCUUCGUGUGUGUGUGUCUCGCAGCUCCCUGGGUUGAAUUCGUAUGUCUGCAUUGUGUGUAAUGUAAUGGCUUAUGGAAAGCUCAGACCUUUUGGAUUGUAAAUGUCAGACGUUGGUUCUGUGUUGUUUCUUCUGUUAUGAUUCUCGAAUGCUUUAUCUAUCUCUGUGUACCUGAUGAUCUUACUUGGGUUUGAAUGAAUACUUAUGUUUGAUGUUUUGAUUUAAAAAAAUGCUGUAAAGUUCCUUUA